CUUUACGAUCAUCGACGGCUACCGAAGCCGCUCAAAUGUAGUCCACUCAUGUGGACGCGGGGAGACCACCGCAAAUCAAGCAAUGCCAACACGAAUUUGCUGGUCUCCGCCGCUCGAUCCCGAAUCCAAAUCCCGAAAAUUCCCUCUUUUUUCUCGUCCGUCAUUCUUGAUUCGUGCAACAGUCGGCACCUAUCAUUUGGAUCUCUUCAGACCCACACUUCCUUGUCUCUUCGUCUGGGCCCUGAAGCGCCGCGGCAUUGGGCGAUCUCGGAGUGGCGAAGGUGGCGAUGGCUCUCCAGCCGCAGCGGCCUGUUUGUUGUCCGGGUACCGUCUCGGAGAACUCCCACCUCAGGAUUCGGUCGGUUCUUGGGCUUUUUUCGCAGUCAUCAUUGAGGUUUCAAGAAGUUACAAGAAUCAGUGCUACACCUCGCAUGCUAGCAGGUUCAGGCUAUUCAAAGAGGCAGCCAAGAAGGAGCUUAAUUCCAAUGACCAAAGCCUCCAACCCUAGAGGCUUUGCUCCGAAACCACAGGCAGGAACAAGCAUUCGAAAGAAAGACCAAAACAAGGUCGAUGAAAAGGAAGUGUCGGGAAGUUCAAGCUCCAGCAAACAUACAAUUUCUAGCAGUGGAUUGACUGAUAGAAGAGUUGCUGGUGAAGCACAAACAGCUGAAGUUGCUUCGAGUUCAAGAAUCCCAAGCACUGUAGGAAAAAGGAGAUUAGAUGUCCUGGGAGAAACAGAGCAAAAAGCACUGGCAGGUGAUGAGAUAGAUCAACAGAAUUUUGCACACAUGCCUUCUGAUGACACUUGUGAUGCUGAAACUGAUGGACAAAUAGCUGAGAUUGGGAAUGAAGGAGAUGGAAUUGGUCUGAUAUCUCAGCAUGUGGCAGUUGAUCAUAGUGACAAAGAAAUUGGAAGAGAGGCCAUGACUGAGCAGUUCAAUGAAGCUGGAAAAGAAAUGGUUUAUGUAAAAGAUCAGAUAGGCAGAAAUACCAUAGCAGAAAGUAUGGUGAUAGCUGGAGAAAAGGAGACAAAAGUAGCUGUGUCAGAGAGUAAUUUGGGUAUUAUUGACGUUGAUGAACCACCUGAGGAUCAAAAUGGUAUAGCAUACACAACUACAGCUAUUCAAGAAUCGUUAGUCAAACUGAAGGCAGAUAUGGAUGCGCGAACACAUAAACAGCUUCUGGAGAAUCUCGCUGAUCAAAAUUUUUCAAGAGGGAAUAAAGUAUUUGUUGUUCCACAAAUCGUGAAUCCUGACCAAGUUAUCAAAGUUUUCCUGAACCGAAGCUCAUCAGCUUUGGCAAAUGAAGCUGAUGUUUUGAUCAAGGGUGCAUACAAUGGUUGGAGAUGGAAAUUUUUCACAGAAAAGCUGCAGAAAGCUGAUAUUAAGGGGGACUGGUGGUCCUGUCAAAUUUAUGUGCCUAAGGAGGCAUAUAGAGUUGAUUAUGUGUUUUUUAAUGGUGCUAACACUUAUGAGAAUAAUAAUUCGGAAGACUUUUUUCUACUUGUGGAAGGUGGUAUGGAUGAAGUUGCAUUUGAAGAUUUCUUACUUGAAGAGGAACACAAGAAACUCAAAAAACUUGCCGCUGAGCAAGCUGAAAAAGAAAGGCAGGCUGAAGAACAACGCCGGAAGGAAGCAGAAAAGGUUGCAAGUGAAGCUGACAGAGCACAGGCAAAGGUGGAGGUAGAGAAAAAAAAGCGUGGUUUUAAUCAUGUGAUGAAAUUGGCUUCAAACUCUGCUCACCAUAUAUGGCACAUAGAACCUAGUUUAUUCAAAGGAGGCGAUAGGGUCAGAUUGUAUUAUAAUCGAAGCUGCCGUCCACUUUCUCAUGCUGCAGAGAUCUGGAUUCAUGGAGGUUUUAACAACUGGGAUGAAGGACUGUCCAUUAUCGAGAAGCUUUCCCAUUCUGAAAAAAGAGAUGGUGAUUGGUGGUUUGCGGAUGUUGCUGUACCUGGUCGAGCACUGGUACUGGAUUGGGUUUUUGCUGAUGGUCCACCAGGGAAAGCAAUUGUUUAUGACAAUAACAACUUGCAGGAUUUCCAUGCUACGGUGCCAAAGAGCAUACCUGUAGAAGUGUCCUGGGUCGAAGAAGAAAACCAAAUCUACAGAAAGUUUCAGGAAGACAGAAGAUCAAAAGAAGAAGCUAUUCGUAAAAAGACUGAGAAAACUGUACGCAUGAAGGCUGAAACAAAGGAAAGGACAAUGAAAUUGUUUUUGUUGUCUCAAAAGCAUAUAGUAUAUUCUGAGCCAAUUGUUGUGCGAGCUGGAAGAAUGGUCACUGUUUUCUAUAAUCCCUACCAUACAGUUCUAAAUGGCAAGCCAGAAGUUUGGUUUAAAUGCUCAUUUAACCGUUGGAAUCACCGUAAAGGCCCCCUACCUCCCCAGAAAAUGGUGCCUGCAGAAAACGGUUCACAUCUCAAAGCAACUGUUAAGGUCCCAAUGGAUGCCUACAUGAUGGAUUUUGUUUUCUCGGAGAGGGAAAAUGGUGGGAUUUAUGAUAACAGAAAUGGGAUGGACUAUCAUAUUCCUGUCACUGGAGGAAUUGCAAAGGAACCUCCCAUGCAUAUUGUACAUAUUGCUGUUGAGAUGGCACCUAUAGCAAAGGUUGGUGGCCUUGGUGAUGUUGUUACAAGUCUAUCUCGUGCAGUUCAAGAUUUAGGCCAUACAGUCGAUGUUGUUCUUCCAAAAUAUGAUUGCAUGAAUCUUAGUAAUGUGAAAGACCUCCAUCACCGUAAUAGUUUCGCUUGGGGUGAAACAGAAAUAAGUGUCUGGUUCGGAAAGGUUGAGGGCCUUCCUGUAUACUUUUUGGAGCCUAAAAAUGGGAUGUUUUCAGUUGGGUGCAUCUACGGAAGGAGUGAUGAUGGUCAUAGAUUUGGCUUCUUUUGUCAUGCUGCUCUUGAAUUUCUUCUUCAGAGUGGAUUUCGACCAGAUAUUUUACACUGCCAUGACUGGUCCAGUGCUCCUGUAGCUUGGUUAUUUAAGGAACAUUACAUAUAUUAUGGGCUGAGUAAUGCUCGAGUGAUCUUCACAAUUCACAAUCUUGAGUUUGGGGUGCACAAUAUUGGUAGAGCGAUGACUUAUGCUGACAAGGCUACAACUGUAUCACAAACAUACUCAAGGGAGGUUGCUGGGAAUACUGCAAUAUCUCCUCAUCUUCACAAAUUCCACGGUAUUGUAAAUGGUAUUGAUCCAGAUAUCUGGGACCCAUACAAUGAUCAAUUUAUCCCGGUGCCUUACACACCAGAGAAUGUUGUUGAAGGUAAGAAGGCAGCUAAAGAGGCAUUGCAGCAAAGACUUGGAUUGAAGACAUCUGAUCAUCCUCUAGUAGGAAUAAUUACCCGCUUGACAGUUCAGAAGGGAAUUCACCUCAUCAAACACGCUGUUUGGCGAACGCUUGAGCACAAUGGGCAGGUUGUUCUUCUUGGUUCAGCUCCAGAUUCUCGUAUACAGAAUGAUUUUGCUAACUUGGCAAGUGAAUUGCACUCUUCACAUGGUGAUCGAGUACGUUUUUGCUUGACCUACAAUGAACCUCUUUCUCAUCUGAUCUAUGCUGGUGCGGACUUCAUUCUUGUUCCAUCACUUUUUGAGCCAUGUGGCUUGACCCAACUUAUAGCUAUGAGAUAUGGUUCCAUUCCUGUUGUUCGUAGAACAGGGGGACUUUAUGAUACCGUGUUUGAUGUUGACACUGAAAGAGAGAGAGCUCAAGCUCAAGGUCUUGAACCAAAUGGGUUUAGCUUUGAUGGAGCUGAUUCUGCUGAUGUGGAUGAUGUUCUCAACAGAGCAAUAUCUGCUUGGUUCGACAAACGGGAAUGGUUUCACUCGCUGUGCAAGCGCGUGAUGGAGCAAGACUGGUCGUGGAAUCGACCGGCUUUGGACUAUAUGGAACUCUACCAUUCGGCACGGAACAAGACAUCAUGAUGGUAUGGGGAGAGAAAUCUGGUACACUAUUCUUGAAAUCUUUGUACAGCACAGUUGAUCAUUCUCUGUUUCUUCUGGUUCUGUAUUCUUAGAGAUGUGCAUCACUUGUCUAAUUUAGGCUCAUAUCAAGUUACCAUUUAUCUAUGUUUCAACAUUCAAGUUAAGAUGAUUCUUCAUUUUGAUGCA